UGCAAACACAAAUAUAUGGCGAAUGGCAGAGUAGGACAGAAAAUCAGCAAAGGAAAACGCAAGAAAACAGCAGUACGCACUUGUAUUCUCCGCCGAGAGGAUGCCAUCCCGCUCACACUCGCACUCACAGGCCAGACAACAGCUGUAUCCUCUUUGAAGCAAAACACCUAUUGUCUCCCUCUUACACAUACUGAACCCUACAUUCUCGUGUGGCGUCAAAUAGCCCAUCAGAAACCACGAAAACGGCUGGCAAGAAGUAGUUGAUCUGCGAUUGAGUAGAAAUUUUGGCAGCAAGAGCGACUGCGCGUUGGAGAAUUCAGAGAUGGAGUUUAUUUCUGAGACUAAGGCUAAGAUACGCCUCGCCACUCUCCCUAAAUGGCACGAGCGCGUGGAGGAACAGAAGCUGAAGCUGAAGCAGAAGCAGAAGCAGAAGCAGAAGCCUAAAAUGCAAGAAAUGGGGCUUUUUAGCCGCCAAAUGGAAUAUUAUGCCUGGAAGCAUCGUGCUUCCAUUGAAUGCUUCUCGAUUUCGGAGGAUGAUCAGUUACCGUGGGGAAGGAAGAAAUCGAAGGACGAUGCUAUUAAACGCUGGGUGAUUUCGCAGGAGAAAUACGUCCCGCUGAGGUCGAAUGAGAUGCCCCGCUAUGAGACACUCGACAAAUCCCAAAGUGAAGAUGUGGCACAGGAAAGUCAUUCGGAAACUUCGUCCUUUGGAGACUAUAUCAACAUAUCUUCGAAGAUCUGUGUCCGCAAGCUGAGUGACCUUAAGUUGGGUGACUUCAAAGCCACUUUGAAUGUACCAAAAAUUAGUGGGGAUUCUCCCCAUUUCGGCAAGCCUGUGGAGUAUUUGUCCACUCUUGCGUCACCUUCGUCCCAUCGCUAAAGAGACCUGUUAUUUUUUCUGAAUAAAGGCUUUGGAUAAACAAAAAUUAAAACGCUCUUGUAAGGCGCUGCUGACAUAUGUAUGAUCGACAAUGUAGCCAAGGGACUGGAAGCGGGCUUGUUUUGUUUUGGUUAAACUAAUGCAGGAGUUUAUUAUUAAUAUAUUGUGGCAGGCAUCGAUAGUGUCUGUAAGUUGGUGCCUGCUAAGGAAUAUCCCAUCCCCAUUUUCAGUUGUGGGAUAGCAUAUUUAAGUGCAUUGAUUCCCAUGUUCUUUUUUGCACAAAAUUGAUUGUACAUCCAUUUUUGGCUUAUGCUGGUAUAUGACAAUGUUUAAUAUAUUUAUGUAUGCACGAGUAUGGAAUAGUAAUAGUAAAUUUGGAAUGUGCCAAGUUGUACAUCUCUCGGCAUAAACUUGCCGUGAAACUAAAUCUACUUAUCUAUUGGAUCGUUUGCAAAGUUCCUUUCGAAUACGCUGAUGUUUCGUUUGUUCAUGUAAGCCCCUUCUUAGCAUUAUGCACACACAGAGUAUAUAUUGUAGAGGAUAAGUAUAAAUAUAAAUAUAGGAUAA